GAUAUAUGAUCUAGCAACCUUUCGUGAGUUAAUUAAAUUAAAAAUAGAUAGGAAGCAUGUCGAACAUUUAUAGAGUGUAACAGAAGAUAGCCCUGUAGGACAUUUUGACUUGAGAUCUUUUAGAGAUUCUUAUUACAGAGGUGUGAUUUCAGUCCUGCUUCAGUAUUGCACAAAUGAUUAUUGAAAGUACAAACAAAUUAAACAUGUUUCAGCAAGGUUAACCAAUUUUGCAGUACAUUGUACUUUUAAAUGUUGCAAAUUAAGUUGUGAAUUAUUGAAGAAUCCUGUGAAAUCAGCAGCAUGUCCUGGGAGUUUGUACUACAUGUAAUAUUACACAACAUUCAUGUGAAAUAUACUUAGAUAUUUUCAUGUGAUGCUAUCAGGAAUUCAUAAGUGCUGAAGAGCUAAAUUUAAUUAAAUACUGUAUGUCAAUUAAUUGCCACACUCAUUACAGCCACGUGAGUAUCCAUGCACAGAUUUAAAGAGCUUGUUAUCCUAGAAGAUAUAUAUAUAUAUACACACAGAUUCAUGCAGUGUAAAUUUUGUUUGUAGCUGUUAUUAAUAUGUGGUAUAUAUUGUUCAAGAGGUUUAUUUGUUCAAAAACUGGCUUGCUGAAUACUGUGUUGGAUAAUUCAUAUAUCAGUUGACCCUCGACCUGUAGCUGAUGACAGAAAUGGGAAAUGUUGGUCUGUUUAAAUGUUACAAUCAGUGUUUUACUGAAAGCGACAGACGGAGAGAGCUGUACACUUGACCCUCAGGCAUAACAUUAAAUAAGACAGACUAGUGUUAUGAUAGCAUCGUCAUUCCCAGAGUGUAGUGCUCAAACAGAUGUGUCCUUUUCACAAUUAUUUUUCUUGUUUUAGGUGGAUUUUAAAUAGAUAAUAAUUAUUACUCCAGGGAAGAGGUGACAUGUCAUCACGACCACUUCAGAGAGAGCCCUCCAUUCUACGACAGCUGAAAACAUGGAGUACAUCAGACCUCAUCCAGUGGUUAGAACAGAAACGACUGAACAAGUUCAUAUUCUUGUUUCAAAAGCACCAUGUAACUGGAGCUGACUUAGCUGACCUAAAGCUUGCAUUUCUAGAGAAGUACGAGCACAUCAGCGUGUCAGACCGGGAGGAACUUCUGUCACAAGUCUAUGAACUCUUACGCUUAGAGCAGUCAGACGACAGUGAUUCAACCCGAACUUUCACACCUUUUGACAAAGAAAAGUACAGAGUGGCAAAACAGAUAGCUGAUGACUACACAUUCCAGAGGUCGCAGAGUGUCCCAGUUGCCUUUAUACCUUCCCAGAGCUCCUCCUCCUCUUCCUCUUCCUCUGUGUCUUCAACUGCUUCCUCACCCACACCCAAACAGAGGAGGAAAUCUUCAGAAACAAUCAGUCUUCUCAGUCACUUGAAACCGAAAGUAGCACUCUCUACUAAAGGUCAAGAAGUCAGACAGAAUACAGAUAUACGAAAAGGAUCCCUUGACAAGAAAAAGGCCCAGAAACUGACACCCAGUUCUUGGUUUGAGGCAUUAGAGGGAAGUUCAAAUCCUUGUGUGUCAUGCUACACAUUACAAAAGAGAGGAGGCCAUUUUGGUGUUACUAUAGCAACAAAUCCUAAUGGUUGGUUGGUAAUCAAUGACGUCUGUCCUGAUCUACAGUCAGUUGUGAGAACUGAUGAUAGAGUACUGGAAAUAAAUGGGUGCAGUUGCUUGUCUUCGAAAUCAUCAUGUGUGGCUGAUAUUAUGAAAUCCAGUGAUGUAUUACGAAUUGUUACAUGUAAACCUAUGGAAUACAAAGGCCCACAUGAAGUUUUCUCCAAUGGGAAGUCUCCUACCGAGGUCAAAUGGCAGAAAUUUCGUAAUUUUCUGAUGGAUUACAGAGAUCAAGAUGUGGAUAUUGAACAAAUGUUAAAAGACAUUCCCAAAGUUGAAGUCCAAAAGUGUCAGGAAAAGACAGCAUUAAAGAUGGAACUGGAUGAAGCUCUGACGAGGGUUAGAGAACAGCAGUCUGUGAUAGACAGAUUGACGGAGGAAGUAGAGGACCAGAAAGCCCUGAUUGAGGAUCUGUCCAAGGAGAUGGAUUGUGGUGUGAGAGCAGGACCCAGAGGACAGGGAAAUGAGAGAAGGAUGAAACAAGGAGAGACAGAAUAUUACAAAAUAACGAUGGAGAGUCUAAAUAUGGAGGCAGCCAGCAAACCUUCAGAGGAGAAUUACUGGUGUGUGUGUAUUCCCAGUGUAAGAGAGCAGAUUAUGAUGACACUUAAGGACAUUGUGAAGGAGGCCAGCAGGCAGAAGUUUUAUCUGGACAGGCUCAUCUCUCUGGUGAUCCAGGAGUCGCCUUGGUUACUGGACCAGGUGGAUGCCAACUUUGACGAUACUUCCAUUGACAACAAACUGGAGGAGUUUUGUUGAUUUGAAUAUGUUUCUGUCUGUCUGUUUGAGUCUGCCCAUAGCUUCAGCCUUCAAGGCCAUAAUUAUGUGUAGUAUUUCAUAAUCUAGUUCCAUUGGACAUGCAGAUAGUUGCAAAACUGUAGCUCUCUGAAAAAUUAUUGGGACAAUCAGAGAGCUACAGAUCCACCCCUUAUUAAAACCUUUGAUUUAUGGUGCACAAAAAAAUGCACACGGUUGAGGCCUUAUAUCAUUGUAUUCUUGAAUUGCCAUCUCAUAGAUUUAGUGUAAGAAAAUUUCCUAACAUAUUUUCCUACUAUACUUGAAUCCAAACAUACCUUCAAAUAUUCGUUAGAGCUCCAUAUGACUCGAAAAUUCACAGCUUUUUGAAAGUGAUAUCAUUUGUUGACAGAGCCAUGUUAGGUAGCCAGUCAAUUCCAACCCUGUUGCUAUUGGUAUUUAUUCUUGAUAUUCAUUACAUGUUAUAUUUUCUGUCUUCAUUUACCAUAAAUACGAAUAAUUAAUAGAAAUUAAAAAAUAUAGUUCAUCUAAAAUUCAAAUAAGCUCUAAGAUUUGAUUGUUGAAAAUGCUACAAAAGCAUCGUUUGGUCCCUUACCCUCGUGUAGCAGGGAUGGGAACCAGACCAGACUAAUGAAAGCCAUAUAGCCGUGGGUUUACUUAUUUGAAUAAUUACUAUUUAAUUACUAUUUAAACUGAACUGGGGUGAUUUAUUAAAAAUAUUUGACUAACUAUAUUUGUGGUGAUAUUAGUUCACAUGUAAACAGUAUGAAAAUGAACUAGGAUUCGAAUUAACUGGCUACCUACAUAACGGUACAAGAACUCAACAGUGCACAUUUUUUUGUGCGCCGUAAAUCGAAGGUGGAUCUGCAGCUCUCUGAUCUGUCCCAAUAUAUUUUCAGAGAGCUACAGAUCUGCAGCUAUCAUGAAGGGUGAAAGAUCCAUUCAUGUCAGGUCAUUCUUUAUGGUAGGUUUGUCAGGGUGUUGUGUUUGUUUGCUAAAGAGACAUUGUAACCCUUAUUAAGUUUUGUACACUGAAAGCAUUCCGGAUUUAAUUACCAGGAUUCCUUUGCAAUGAGAAAUAUUCUGUCAAAUUCACUUCUAUAACUGAAUGACAUACAGAAAUGGAUAACCUGAAGAUGUCAAACUGAUCUCAAAAAAGUAUUUUCUUGAUUGAAAGUGGUUGCAAAUGAAUAUAGAUACAAUAACAAUAUUUAUAUCUAUAUAACAGUAUGUUCCCUAUGCAUCAUCCCUUGGUACCUUUAGUUGUUGUUCAAACAUAUUGUACUAAGUCGCAAUGUUUAUAAUGUCUAUGCCCCUAGGGGCCCAUUAUUUGGCAAUAAACUAUCUCUAUCUGUAGCUGAUCUUUGAUGGUACUGUACAUCUGGAGAUUUUCUAUAGACUUGCUUUUUGUUUGAUAAAUGUGGAUUUAUAUGCGCAAGAAAAUAUUUUGCAAAAAUAAAGGCCUUGAAAUGCAACUUUUGACACACUCCAGAAUGUUUUUUUUUAAUAUGUAAUGAAAUUUCCUUUUUUGUCUGGAGAUUGUUCAUACAAAGAUUUUUGUUUUUGAAUUCUAUUUUUGAUAUACAAAAUUUGUUUGUGGUUGUCAAAAUGUUUGUAUUUUUACAAUUGUAUGCUGAAGUUAAAUAGAUCAAUGUUAUUACCAGUUUGUUAGGUCACAUGGGUCACUUGGAUGACCAAUUGCAAUUGGUAGUUGUCUUUUGUCAUCUAUCAAGUGUUUACAUUUGAAAAUGAUGAACUUUUUCUCUGAACGUACAUGGCCAUUUUUCAUCAGAUUUGGUAUGUAGCAUCUUUGAGGUGAAGGAAACUAAAAUUGUGACUUCCAUAGUCAUUGCAUAUCUUAGGCCUAAGGAGUGGGGUCAAAACCUUAAAAAAUUAUCAAAUUUCUAGAAUUUGCUUCUUUACUAAGGGACAUCAAGCGUGUAUAGUCAUGACAUGCUUCUUACAAAAUUGUGAAAUUUAUGGUCCUUAGGUCAGGUGUUCUGGUGUUAGGGUCAGGCUUUAAGACUCACAUAGUGAAAAUUUGUGAUUUAUUUAAAAGUCUUCUCUAUUCCUGGAUAUCAAAAAAUCAAACUGAAUACAUGUACAUAGUAAUAAUGAAGAAAGAUUGUGAAAUUCAUGGCCUCUGGGUAAAAGGAUCUGGUGCUAGGGCAGGAGUUAAAACCUUAAAAAUGAUUCAUCUUUGAAAAUUUGCUUCUUUCCUGGAGAUGUAGUAGACAAACUGUGUGUAUAGUUAUGAUGAGCAAGAAUGUCUCAACCAGAAAAUUGAAAUUCAUAGCCACUGGAUCUCUUUUUAUUGGGUGGGGAUUUGUGGCUUGUUUUGUAUAAGUGCAUUCUUUGAAAAUCUUCUUUACUCCUUCACAGCUUGAAGAAAAACUAUGUAUGGUUAUUAAUGCAUAGAUUCCUCUACUGAAAUUGCACAAGUCAUAAGGCCUGGUUCAGGGAUAGGUUGAGGCCCAAAUGGAUAAAUAGUGAAAAUGCAUUUAAAAUAUAAAAUUGAUAUCUUCUUCAUUACUUCUGUGUAUUGUGAAGAAAAAGUGUGUACAUGGUCUUAAAAAGCAUGUGGCUGUCUACCAAAAUUGCAAAAUUCCCUAUUACUGGGCAAUGAGUUCAGGCCCUUUAGGUGAGGCCCAAAUGGGUACAUAGUAAAAUGCAUUUAAUCUUUUAAAAUUGUCAUCAUUUCUUCUACUAAUGUGUAUUGUGAAUAAAUACUUGAUGCGAAGAGCAUGUAGCUCUCUAUCCAAAUUGUAAAUUCCCUUGCCCUUCCCCUGCUCUAGAGCAGAGCCAAAUAGGUAAAAGAGUGCUGAUACAGUUAUUUUAUAAACCAUCCUCUUUUCUUCAGAGCAUUGUGACAAAAUACUAUAUGUGUGGUUGUAAAGAUUGUGUAAUUCAUGACCCCUGGAGUAGUUUAUGAGGCUUCAUGGAGCAGCAGUCCAAUAAUGAAAAUACAAUUCGUGAGUCGUCCACUUCUGCUUCAUACCUAGAUAUUUUAUUGAAAGUAGACAUUAAUGGCAAACUGACAACUCAACUGCAAGACAAGCAGGAUAAUUUCAGGUUCUCCAUCGUCAACUUGCCAUAUCUAUGUAGCAAUAUUCCAUUAUCACCUGCAUAUGGUGUUUAUAUCUUUCAAUUGAUUCGAUACCCACAAGCUUGUUCUGCAUAUGGUCAGUUUUUAAAUCGAGGCAAGCUACUGACAAACAAGUUGAUGGUACAGGGGUUUCAACAGUUUCGAUUAAAGUCAGCAUUUCGGAAAUUCUAUGGUCGUUAUUACGAUCCAGUUUGCCAAUACAACCUAUCACAGGGUCAAAUGCUGUCUGAUGUCUUUCAUACCGAUUGUUAGACCGUUCUUAGCACAUUGAUUUUGACUUCGGAUAACUCCAUUUACCUGAUCAGGAUAUAAAGCUUACGGCAGGUGUAACUGUUCAAGGGAUGCUUACUCCUCCUAGGCACCUGAUCCCACCUCUGGUGUGUUUAUGGGUCCGUUGUUUGCCCAACUAUCUAUUUUGUAUUGCUUAUAGGAGUUAUGAGAUUGAUCACUGUUCGUUAUCUUCACCUUUAUAGGAGUUAUGAGAUUGAUCACUGUUCAUUAUCUUCACCCUUCACUCUUAAAUAUUGAAAAAAGUUAAGGAUGAUUUACUUUCAUUUUUUUUGUAAAUAAAUAAUUGUACACUAAUGUUUCAUUGAGCUGUUCUUUGAAGAGUUGUUGCAUGUUACUCAGGUGACCAUUAGGGGCUAUGCACCUCUUGUUGAAUUAUUUAAGUUUUUGUUAUUUUACUACCAAACUGUAUUAUUUUUGUUCAGAGUUGAGAGCUUUAAAAACUUCUUGAAUAUGACUUAUUUCAGUAUUAGAGGUAUUUUAGCACAGCAAAUUUUAAUAUUGACAAUUGUCUUUGCACUAAAACAUUGUCCUAUCAUUUUCUGUAUGAAUGAAAUGUUUAUUUUUCUUUCAUUCUGGACCUUAUUAUUUAUAGGAUGUUUGUGAAAGUAUGGUCUAGUCAAUAUACUUGUAUGCAUCACCAUGUAUUUUAAUUGUCAUAAAACAUGUACUUAACACAGUCUGUAUGUAUACACACAUGUUUUAUAUAUUGUAUUUCCUAAUUGUCAUCUAAAAUAUUGUCAGGCUCCAUAAUGUUAUCUUUGCCAUUGUGAAUUUGAAUGUGAUUGUGAGAAAUCAGUUUUGAAUAUUUCACAUGAAAAACUGGUUAUAAUCUGUUGCCAUACUGGUUAAUAAAGUUAACCUAAAAUGAA